GCCCGGGGCAGUAGGAAAGGGGCUAAGAAAAGGAAGAAGGGAAGUGGUGGCAUGAAGAUAGGUGGCUUGGAGUCUCAGGCGGUCUAGCGAGCCCCUUCAUUGUGCUUGCCUUCUGUGAAACAGCGGGCUUGGAGAGGAGCAGUUUCAGCUGGCCAGAGCGGAGCGGCAGGGGUGCAGCUCUGUUGGGCCACAGUAGUGGGCUGCGAGCUUAGGAGGGUGAGCCGCCGCUGCCCCUUUGAUGUUUUGGUACGCCGUGCGCAUGCGCUCCACAUUAGAAUUACUGCACUGGGCAGACUAAGUUGGAUCUCCUCUCUUCAGUGAAUCCCUCAAUCCCAUCAAAAACUAAAGGGAUGUGGAGAGUCCGGAAAAGGGGCUACUUUGGGAUUUGGUCGUUUCCCUUAAUAAUCGCCGCUGUCUGUGCUCAGAGUGUCAAUGACCCUAGUAAUAUGUCGCUGGUUAAAGAGACGGUGGACAGACUGUUGAAAGGCUAUGACAUUCGCCUGAGACCAGAUUUUGGAGGUCCCCCUGUGGCUGUAGGAAUGAACAUUGAUAUUGCCAGCAUUGAUAUGGUCUCUGAAGUCAAUAUGGACUAUACCUUGACCAUGUACUUUCAGCAAGCUUGGAGAGAUAAGAGGCUAUCCUACAAUGUAAUACCAUUGAACUUGACAUUGGACAAUCGAGUGGCAGACCAGCUCUGGGUGCCUGAUACUUAUUUCCUGAAUGAUAAGAAGUCCUUUGUCCAUGGAGUGACUGUCAAAAACCGUAUGAUCCGCCUGCAUCCAGAUGGCACAGUUCUGUAUGGCCUCAGAAUCACAACUACAGCUGCCUGCAUGAUGGACCUAAGGCGGUAUCCACUGGAUGAACAAAACUGCACCUUGGAGAUUGAAAGCUAUGGAUACACAACUGAUGACAUUGAGUUUUACUGGCGUGGUGAUGAUAAUGCAGUCACGGGGGUCACGAAGAUUGAGCUUCCUCAGUUCUCCAUCGUAGAUUAUAAACUUAUCACCAAGAAGGUGGUUUUCUCCACAGGUUCUUAUCCCAGAUUGUCCCUCAGCUUUAAGCUGAAGAGAAACAUUGGCUACUUCAUCCUGCAGACAUACAUGCCGUCCAUUCUGAUUACCAUCCUCUCGUGGGUCUCCUUCUGGAUCAACUAUGAUGCUUCCGCUGCACGAGUUGCAUUAGGUAUUACAACUGUCCUAACAAUGACCACAAUUAACACCCACCUCAGAGAGACUCUCCCUAAAAUCCCUUACGUAAAAGCCAUCGACAUGUACCUAAUGGGGUGCUUUGUCUUUGUCUUCAUGGCCCUUCUGGAAUAUGCUUUGGUCAACUACAUCUUCUUUGGGAGAGGACCUCAGCGUCAAAAGAAAGCGGCCGAGAAAGCUGCUAAUGCCAACAAUGAAAAGAUGCGCCUGGAUGUCAGCAAGAUGGACCCCCAUGAGAAUAUCUUACUCAGUACUCUCGAGAUAAAAAAUGAGAUGGCUACAUCAGAAGCAGUAAUGGGACUUGGAGACCCCAGGAGCACAAUGCUUGCCUAUGAUGCCUCCAGCAUUCAGUAUCGGAAAGCAGGGUUACCUAGGCAUAGUUUUGGCCGCAAUGCUCUGGAGCGACAUGUGGCACAAAAGAAGAGUCGCCUGAGGAGACGUGCCUCUCAACUGAAGAUCACCAUCCCUGACUUGACUGAUGUGAAUGCCAUUGAUCGGUGGUCCCGCAUAUUCUUCCCGGUGGUGUUUUCUUUCUUCAACAUUGUCUAUUGGCUUUAUUAUGUGAACUAAACUACAGCUUCCCAUGGGAAGCAAGGACUAGAUUACUCC